CAGCCGGAGCCUUUUUUUUUUUUUUCUUUUCCUUUUCUCUGGCUGUUUUUUUUGGCUUUUCUUUUGUAUUUUUUAUUCCUUUUGUUUUUGUCUCAUCGCGACAUGAUGUAAUCUAUGGAUAUGGGAUAUGGGAUGGAUGGAUGACGGAGUUUUCCUUAUUUGUCUUGUGGAUUGACUUAUCUUUCCUUUGUUUUGUCCUGCACAUGCUUCUAUUACCCCUGUUGUUACUUCUUUCUUUCUUCCCUUCUUAUCCUGUCUUCUCUUCUGAUCUUGUCUUUCUUAUAUUCUUCAUUUCAUUUCCUCUCCAAUUGGCUGGCUAGUUGGUUGGUCUAUUGAUUGAUUGAUUGAAUCUGCGAUUGGAGAACCGAUUAAUACCUAUGGAUAGGCCAGAGGCCACUUACUGCACCGGUUGUGUUGAUCAUUACAUAUAUUACUACUACUUCUUUACAUUUUGACCUACCUAUACAUAUAUCUAUUUUGAGAGGAAUUUAGGUGGUAAAUGUACGAUAAACCGUCCAUGGUCU